UUCAAGAGCCUCAGUCGUUCUUGACUCUUCGACCACGGAGAUUAGGGACCUCGUAUGAACAGUUGGCGGCGCAUAAUCCCGAAAACUUUACACGUGCUUUGUCGACCGUAACGUAGAGGAGCAACAUGAAGUUCUUGAAGUGUCUUGUGCCGGUGGUGUUACUGCUGUCUGCUGGAAACUGUAAUCCAACACCCGGACUAAUCGGCCAAAUAGCAGCAAAACAUGGUAUCAAUCUGGACCCCUUGGGACUCUUUAACAAAGGAAACCAAGCAUCGAGCAACUCGCAAACGCGCGGCACCAGCUUCAAUCUGGGACCUCUUUCCAUUUCAUCGUCAUCGUCAUCGUCAUCUGCCGUCGCCAAUGGCGAAGGGACUGGUUUGGCCAAUGCCAAAGCGAAUUCCCAAUCCUCUGCCGGGUCUGGCUCUGCCGUAGCAAACGCUCAAGCCUCGGCGACCGCUAAUGCUCAAGGUGUGGAUGGUUCUCCGGGGCCAUACUACAAUCCGAACGCCGGCGGCGCCUACGACGAUGGUUAUAACAGUUACAAUCCACGUGGUAGUCGUCAUCACGGUGGUAACGCCGGUGCACAGUCGUUAGCGGGCGCGAAUUACGGUGGGCAGGCCGGCGCGAAUGCAGGAGCGAAUGCAGGAGCGAAUUACGGUGCGCAGGCCGGCGCGAAUGCGGGAGCGAACGGAAAUUACGGAGGGCAGGUCGGCGCGAAUGCAGGAGCGAACGCCGGCUACGGUGGUGCAUACGCCGGCGCUGAAGCCAGCGCGCAAAGCGGCGCGAACACCGGUUCGUACGCAGGUGCAUCUGCUGGUGCAGGCUCUGGGGCAGGUACUGGGGCCGUCUCGAACGCGAACACGAACGUGAACACGAACGCGAACACGAACGCGAACACGAACACGAACGUGAACACAAACGUGAACACGAACGUGAACACAUUAGCCAGCACGAACGCGAAUGCGAACACCAACGCCAACACGAACGUGAACACGAACGUGAACACCGUGGUGAACACGAACACCGGCACGAGAGCACCGAUCAACUAUUAUCCAUCCGGGAACGUUCAAGCGAACGCUGGCGCAAAUGCGAUCUCUAACGACGCAUUGAACGCGAUCCCAGAGAGACAAUACUCCCCGUACAAUCCUAGCCUGGUCCAAGGGCCACCGAGCUACCCGAGUUACCACAGAGAACCGGAGGUCAUCUCCGUUCCCUUUCAAAGACCCGUGCCAAUGCCCUAUCCGAGACCGGAUGUGAUCAUCCAACAGUACCCGCCACCUCGGCCGAUCCCGCCGCCUCAUCCGAUCCCCGGUCUGCCGCCGAGCCCGCCGCGCAACGACGGGGACACGGUGAUGAUACCUGUGGUCGUUGUGGACGGCCCACCGUACGGCAGGCCCAUGGACGGUCCACCGUACGGCAGGCCCAUGGACGGUCCACCGUACGGCAGGCCCAUGGCCAGACCGAGGCCGAUGCACCGUCCGAAACCGAAGUACGAGCCGUGGCAGAUCGUCGUGAUCGAGAGCACGGAGCCGCAAGGCCAAGCAGGUGGAAGAGGAGGAUACUACGGGCCGACAGGACAACAACAUCCGUCGGGCUCAUGGGGAGCCAAUGCCAACGCCAAUGCCAUUGCCACUGCUAACGCGAAUGCGAACGCCGACGCAAAUGGAGCCCGUUACACGAAUCAGCCCGGUUACAAUCAGCAACAACAGUACCCCGUAAACGGUGGGUCGUACCCCAGCGGAUCCGGGAAUCCAUUCUUCGAUGGAUCGGCUCAAGCCAAUGCUGCCGCCACCGCUGCCGCCAACGCCGCUGCCACCGCUGCCGCCAACGCCGCUGCCACCGGCAACGGAAACGUUUAUCCUGGCCCUGCGCAAAACCUCGGAUACUAUCCAAACAGUGGUCCGGCCGGAGGAAACAAUCCUUUCCUGACUGGAGGGGGUCAAGUGAACGCCAACGUCAACGCUGGAUCAAACGCCGGUUCCACGCCGCAGCAACAGAAUCCCUUCCUGAACACCGGUUCUCCGGUCUACGGGGUCAACGACGGUCAGACGAAACCUGGUUUCGGACAGAUGGUGAUCAACGGAGGAAGCUUGGCGAACGCGAACGCGGGAGCAACAGCUGCCAGCAAAGCGAGCCCUAUCCCUACCUCGUACCCAGGUCAAAUAACCGCUCCAGGGAAGUACGUCGUCCCGCAACCUGAAUACAAUCAGCCGCCCAAGCUGAUCCCGGUGGAGCCGGCUGCGGAACAGAUACCCACCAAUGGUGGACCAAUUUACACGCCGUCAAAGCCAGCCUAUGGAUUCGAAUCAGGCGGCAUGAACAUCUACCAAGAUGUCUAUCCUGCUAGUAAACAGGUGAUAACCGGUCCCUCUGCGCCGGGUUAUGGACAAAAUGGAGGCGUGUACGGCGGCCCUGGCAACGGUUAUCCUGGAUCGAACGUUGGAGGAUCCAGCGGUGCUAAUGCUAACUCCAACGCGGCAGUCAAUGGCGGCAGCUCUGGCAGCGGUUAUCCUGGAUCGAAUUUUGGAGGAUCUGGCGGUGCUAACGCUAACGCGGCGGCCAAUGCGGGAAGCACCGUGUUCGGCGGCCCUAGCAACGGUUAUCCUGGAUCGAACGUUGGAGGAUCCAGCGGUGCUAACGCUGGCGUCAAGACUGUAGCCAAUGCGGGAAGCAGCGCGUUAGACGGCUCUGGCAGCGGUUACCCUGGAUCUGGCGGUGCUAACGCUGUUGGAGGAUCCAGCGGUGCUAACGCUGGCGUCAAGGCGGUAGCCAAUGCGGCUAACGCUGGCGUCAAGGCGGUAGCCAAUGCGGGAAGCAGCGCGUUAGUCGGCUCUGGCAGCGGUUACCCUGGAUCUGGCGGUGCUAACGCUAACGCGGCAGCCAAUGCGGGAAGCAGCGUGUUCGGCGGCUCUGGCAGCGGUUAUCCUGGAUCGAACGUUGGAGGAUCCAGCGGUGCUAACGCUGGCGUCAAGGCGGUAGCCAAUGCGGGAAGCAGCGCGUUAGUCGGCUCUGGCAGCGGUUACCCUGGAUCUGGCGGUGCUAACGCUAACGCGGCAGCCAAUGCGGGAAGCAGCGUGUUCGGCGGCUCUGGCAGCGGUUAUCCUGGAUCGAACGUUGGAGGAUCCAGCGGUGCUAACGCUGGCGUCAAGGCGGUAGCCAAUGCGGGAAGCAGCGCGUUAGUCGGCUCUGGCAACGCUGGCGUCAAGGCGGUAGCCAAUGCGGGAAGCAGCGCGUUAGUCGGCUCUGGCAGCGGUUACCCUGGAUCUGGCGGUGCUAACGCUAACGCGGCAGCCAAUGCGGGAAGCAGCGUGUUCGGCGGCUCUGGCAGCGGUUAUCCUGGAUCGAACGUUGGAGGAUCCAGCGGUGCUAACGCUGGCGUCAAGGCGGUAGCCAAUGCGGGAAGCAGCGCGUUAGUCGGCUCUGGCAGCGGUUACCCUGGAGGCAGCGGUUACCCUGGAUCUGGCGGUGCUAACGCUAACGCGGCAGCCAAUGCGGGAAGCAGCGUGUUCGGCGGUUCUGGCAACGGUUAUCCUGGAUCGAACGUUGGUGGAUCCAGCGGUGCUAACGCUGGCGCCAAGGCGGUAGCCAAUGCGGGAAGUAGCGCGUUCGGCGGCUCUGGCAACGGUUACCCUGGAUCUGGCGGUGCUAACGCUAACGCGGCAGCCAAUGCGGGAAGCAGCGUGUUCGGCGGUUCUGGCAACGGUUAUCCUGGAUCGAACGUUGGUGGAUCCAGCGGUGCUAACGCUGGCGCCAAGGCGGUAGCCAAUGCGGGAAGUAGCGCGUUCGGCGGCUCUGGCAACGGUUACCCUGGAUCUGGCGGUGCUAACGCUAACGCGGCAGCCAAUGCGGGAAGCAGCGUGUUCGGCGGCUCUGGCAGCGGUUAUCCUGGAUCGAACUUUGGAGGAUCCAGCGGUGCUAACGCUGGCGUCAAGGCGGUAGCCAAUGCGGGAAGUAGCGUGUUAGACGGCUCUGGCAACGGUUACCCUGGAUCUGGCGGUGCUAACGCUAACGCGGCAGCCAAUGCGGGAAGCAGCGUGUUCGGCGGCUCUGGCAGCGGUUAUCCUGGAUCGAACUUUGGAGGAUCCGGCAGUGCUAUCGCUAAAGCUGAUUCCAGCGCCGUUGCUGGAAGCUCACCUGGAAUGUAUGGAGAUGGAUCGUACGGUUCAUCCAACGCAGUCGCGAACUCUAACAGCUUCGCGAACGGCGGCUCGGCUUCAAGUUCCAGCAAAUCAUCGGCAUUCACCUCGGGAAGAGGGUCGGCUAACGCGAACGCGAACGCGCAAGCAUUGAGCAACGCUGUGUCCUCGGGCAGUAGGAGCUCAGCAUCCAGUUUCGCGUCCUCCCACGCGAACACCGAAGAUAUGCUGAUAUUCAGCAACUGAUCUGACGAAGGCCACCGACACCACCCGCAUAAGGUUCAUCGAUGAAGCAUCCCGAUACCAUAGACGUGCCAUCGCUCCUAAGGUCUUAGAUAGGUUCCCUCGACAUACGAGAAUAUGAUUUUUAUAAUGUUUUUGUAAUUCGUGUCUCAGACUGUCUGUGCACAUCUGGCGACGCGUCGAGUGACGUAGGAAUCGACGAGAAAACGCUGAAUCGCGUAUACUAUUAACGGUCAGAUAAUAGUUUACGCGUCUCGACGUAAUAAAUAUUUCGACGCUUCGUACAUAAGUCUUGCGUAAUGUUUUACUGCGCUUCGUCUACCGGAUGGAGAUUAUCUUCUGACGAAGCCGGGUUCCGUCGACACUCGAUUUGUAAAUACCUCGAACGUUUCAACCGAUGAUUUUCUUCUUUUUUUUAUUUUUUAUUAAUCACUGACAGACGAAAAUUUCGUGGCGAAUAGUGAAUAUUAUUAGCUGGCAGCUCCUGGUAUCAUUCUUGCCAAUACACGGCGACGUCGAGAUUGUUAUUAUGUACUUCCAGUAGUGUUCCGUCAAAUGAUCGGGGGUUGUUAUUAGGCGCUUUCUUUUUUAAAUAGCUUCGCUUCGAGCACUUUUUACAUGAUCUUCCGAGGAGAUCAAACGCAUGAGUAAUACUCUGACUCAUUAUACUAUACUCAUUAUAUAUUAUAUUACUAUAAGUACACAGCUAUUGCGAGAGUAGCGUGCGAGUAGAUUGUAAAGUUAGACGAAUUUUCCCAAUGUUCGUUGGUUCGGAAUAAAAUCGUUCGCUCUGA